UGCCGAGGCAAGAAAAGAGCAUGGGAGGCCGGAUUUCUCACCAAAAGAAGGUGGCUGCUGAAGAGAGAGAGCUGAAACAGGUGCAGCAGAAGCAGGGCAUUGAAUUCCCCGGCUCAGAUUUUCAUGCCAGCGAUCACAAGCAAUGGAUGCUGAGUUCGAAUCUCAGCAAGGCAACGCUGAGACAAAUAAUGUGGCCGGGCACUCACGACUCCGCCACGGACGGCAUGGGCCUUCCUCUGCUAAUCCGGCCGCUGGUGCAGUGCCAGACAUGCUCUGUCUAUCACCAGCUCCUGCGAGGCACCAGAGUGUUGGACAUCAGGGUGGACCACACCAUGCAUGUCUGUCACGGUAUCAUUCAAGGCUAUUGUUUGCAUAUUGUCAUCCAACAGGUCUUGAAAUUUCUUUCUGAGACUUGCAUGGAAUUCAUCAUUUUACAGAUUCGAACAGAGUAUGGCCACAGAGACCCUCCGGAAAUCGAGGAAUGGUUGAUCCAGCAGCUUGGAGAUCAUUUACUUGCUCCUCAAAUGAGCGUUUUUGGGAAAACUCUGGGCGAAUUGAUGCCCAAAAGAGUUAUUUGUGUAUGGAAGCCCUCUUCGUCGUCUUCCCCUGCUGUUUCCCCUUUAUGGAGCUCCGGAUUUCUGAGGGAUAAUUGGAUUGAUACGGAUCUUCCGGUGACCAAAUUUGAGAGUAAUAUGGAGUAUUUGGCGGCUCAGGUGCCUGUGGAUUCAAGGUACUAUUUUUACAGGGUGGAGAACACGGUGACUCCGCAGGCAGACAGUCUGGUGGUGUGUGUGAAACCCGUGACAAAUCGGAUCAGAGGGUAUGCGCGAUUGUUCAUCUCGCAGGCUUUCCGCAGAGGGUAUGGCGACAGGCUGCAAGUGUUUUCCUGUGAUUUUAUUGAUGAAGAUUUUGUGGAUGCCUGUAUUGGAGUCACGCUUUCCAGAGUAGAAGGAAAAGAUGAGGAGAGUGAUUCAAAAUAGGGAGGACUUGGCAUGUCUUCUUGUUACUGUUAAUGGCUUUCCUUUCUGCAAGGAUUCCCAAUUGAAUUCAAUAGAUGUUUUAUUCCUUUCAAAUUUAUUGAUUUCA